ACAACGCAUGCAGAAACUCCUUGUAGUAUAUAUUUUCACACUUAUAAUCUCUCUCUCCCUCUCUCUCUAAAUCUCACAUCUCCUCUUUGAUCUGUCUCACACUUUCACUUACCCUUUCGGUUUCAUAUUCAAAGUUUCUAACUUUGAUUCAAAUCUCAGUUAUGGAGGAUCCGAUUGAUCAGUACCAAACGAAAAGAGCUAACCCCACUAAUUCCACCACGAGAUUAAAGCUCUUCGGCUUCAAUGUUCAAGAAGAUAUGGAAGAUGAAGUGGUGCUUGAAGAUGUAUCAGAUUCCAACGGCAAGCCUGCCACCCCGUCUGGGUCACAGGAUUCCGGCGGCGGCGGAGGAGGUGGCGGUGCGGCGUUCCUUCCUUCCUCCGGUGACAGGAAAUACGAGUGUCAGUAUUGUUGCCGAGAGUUUGCGAAUUCACAAGCGCUUGGUGGGCACCAAAACGCGCACAAGAAGGAGCGUCAGCAGUUAAAGCGAGCGCAGUUGCAAGCCACGCGCAACGCCGCCGUUUCGUUUGUUCGGAACCCCAUAAUCUCCGCCUUCGCCCCUCCGCCGCAUCUCCUGGCACCGAACGGCUCCGUUGUGAUGCCGGCGGCUCCGGCCUCCUGGGUUUACAUGCCACCACGUUCCGCGCCGUCUCCUUUCCACGUGUCGGUGUCGCACGGCUGUGUAUUCCCGUCGUCGCCGCCGAAUAACGCUGUGAAUUAUAGUGGUAUCACCGGUGGUAGAUCUGCGGGUACAGGGAUGGUUUCCUACGGUGGCGGUGCAGGGGAUUCGUCAUCCACAUUGUCGUCCCUGGGGUCGCCGCAAGGACUGUCUCGGGUCAACGGGCGGGUUGACGGGCCUUCCUUGAGUCGGUUCUCCAAGGUGGAAGCUGGGCCGAGCUUCGAUGAUUCGUUGGGUUUAGACUUGCACCUUAGCCUGGCACCGGCUGCGCCGUGAUGUCUCGGCUCGGCUCAGUUUCGAAUGAAAAAUUGUAUCCAUCUCUAUAGGUUCAGGUUUGAGACUCCGCUUAUGGCUGGCUGCUACUCAGCUUCAGCUUCAUGAGCUUCGGCUCUCUUCAAAUCUUGUACAUUUUCAUAUUUAUUUGUUUAUUUUUUUGCACUUUAAAAGCUACUGAUUUUUCACUUA